AUGCCCGUCCCCUUCGAAGCCCUGAUUCCCUAUGGAAUCAUCCUCGCCAUGUUCGGUGUGACUGGUGCGGGAAUGUCCAAGAUCAAGAACAUGCAGAAUGGUGGCAAGAGAAUGCGACGAUCUUUGGAUCAAUGGGAUAGACAAAUGAUGGAUCGCGACCGAAGGCUCACAGGAUAUCUACGGGGACAGAGCGAUACGCCUAUAGCGCCAGCCGGCUUCGAGCUUAACAACCCUUGGCGGGUUGAAAAACGAAUGUGUUAA